CUGGCGCAACCAACCCCCCCACGCACGCACGCGCGCCGCACCGAUCAAAUCCCGCAACCCCACCCCACCCCACCCCACCCCGCAACCGCGUCGUCGUCCAACUCGAAGCACUCCCGCUGGCCCGCACCGACCCCCACCGCGAUGACCAGUAGAGGCGCCGCCGCCGGGGACCGGAGCCGAUGAAGGCGACGCCGCCGCAGAGGCGGAGGGGCCCGCGCCUCGUGCUGCUCGCGCUCGUCCUCUGCUCCCUGCUCGUGCCCCUCGCCUUCCUCUUCGACCGCGCCCCCUCCGGCUACGUGACCACCGACGAGCGGCGCCGACAGGAGGUCGUCUUUCAUUCAUUCGAUCCCGUGGUGCCGAUUGGUGUUGGCGGUGGCGGUGGCGGUGGCGCUGUCGAUCCAGUCCCUGUCAAACGAGCGAUACAGGAUGCACCCAGGAAGAUUUCGAAUGGCAGCAGCGGGGUGCCGCCGCCGCAGCAUAAGCAAAUUGAUCGCCCCCCUUUGGCUGUCAGUACUAAACCAAAAGUUCUUCUGGUACCAAGAACUGAACCGCCAAAGGCUGUGAAGGGAUCAACUCAAAGAACAAUUGAAGUUAGCAAGGAUAUAAAGAGACAAAAGAAAGGCCUGAAAGCAGACGAAGUGGAAAACUUAAAAGCUUGCCAGCUUGAAUUUGGGAGCUACUGCCUCUGGUCAACAGAAUACAAAGUAAUUAUGAAGGAUUCAGUAGUGAAAAGGCUAAAAGACCAACUAUUCCUGGCCCGCUCAUACUAUCCAAGCAUUGCCAAACUUCAAGGACAGGAGGCACUUACUCAGGAAAUGAAGCAAAAUAUACAAGACCAUGAGAGGGUUCUCAGUGCAGCUGCUGUUGAUGCUGAUCUACCAUCCUUUAUCAAUAAGAAGAUAGAGCAGAUGGAGCGCACAAUAGCAAGAGCGAAAUCAUGCACUGUGGAAUGCCACAAUGUUGUCAGGAAGCUUCGGCAGAUACUUGAUAUGACCGAUGAUGAAGCUCAUUUUCAUAUGAAGCAGAGUGCAUUCCUCUACAAUCUUGGUUCUCAGACAUUGCCAAAAACUCACCACUGUUUCUCUAUGAGGUUGACAUUGGAAUAUUUCAAAUCCCCUUCAUUGGAUUCAGAUUUUUAUCCCGCUCGCAAGUUUAAUACCCCAAACCACAGGCACUAUGUUAUCCUAUCUAAGAAUGUCCUUGCAGCUUCUGUUGUCAUCAACUCAACAGUUAUCAAUUCUAAGGAGCCAGCAAAUAAUGUUUUUCAUAUCCUAACUGAUGCUCAAAACUUCUAUGGCAUGAAAUACUGGUUUGCCAGAAAUUCAUACAAAAAGGCACCUAUCCAUGUCGUAAACUAUGAAGAAAUGAUUUUAGAUAAGCUGCCAAAGUUUAUUACGCGAGAGCUGUAUUUGUCUGAGGAGUUUCGUGUUCUCAUCAGGAGCACCGAGCGGCCCACUGACCAGACAAGAAUAGAGUACUUGUCAUUGUUCAGCCAUUCACAUUUCUUUAUUCCUGAAAUAUUCAAGGAUCUAAAAAAGGUGGUUGUAUUGGAUGAUGAUGUGGUUGUUCAACGUGAUCUGUCUUUCUUGUGGAAACUUGACAUGGGGGACAAGGUAAAUGGUGCUGUCGAAUUUUGUGGUGUAAGACUGGGUCAAGUGAGAAAUCUCCUGGGUAAGACAAAGUAUGAUCCUAAAUCAUGUGCAUGGAUGUCUGGGGUGAAUGUGAUCAAUUUGGAUAAAUGGAGGAAGCAUAAAGUAACAGAGAAUUACCUGUUGCUCCUUAAACAGGUCAAGAAAAAAGACGAGGUGUCUCUGAGAGAAGCUGCCUUUUCUUUAAGCCUGUUAUCUUUUCAAAAUCUCAUCUACCCCCUUGAUGGGAGGUCGACUCUGUCUGGACUUGGAUAUGACUAUGGAAUCGAUCCGGAGGUUGCACAGAGCUCUGCAGCAUUGCACUACAAUGGCAAUAUGAAGCCUUGGCUCGAGUUAGGCAUACCGGACUACAAGAAGUACUGGAGGAGGUUUCUCACCCGAGAAGAUCGAUUCAUGGACGAGUGCAAUGUAAAUCCGUAGCACACUUGAAAUCAGAACCAUCAACAACAGUUUGCGACGUCCACUGGCCUCCUUUCUAGAAUCCAUUUCCGUCGAGUGGAUGCUGCCUGUAGCUCCCAGGAGCUGCACUGUGCACUAACUAGCACGACAAACCACAUGCAGCUGUUGAACAGAAGAAGAGGUGCUGCCAUGGGCUUACCGGAUCGAGCAGACACAGCAUCAUCUGUCCAUUGCAUUGAACACGAUUGAUUGAUGGUUUCGGGAUCUCGCAAUUUUUUUAUGUAACAGGUAAAGGAUGAUGUGAACGAGUCGCCUCGCUGUCCAGAUUGUUUGGUAAGGUCUUGGAUGCGAAAUUAUUUUUCUCUUUCUGCCAAUAAGGGCACACACACACAUGUAAUCUCAUUUUUUUGGCUGUUAGCUGUAGCGUGGUGAUUGAUUUUUUGGUAGUUAUGCUCCUGUGAAAGAUCGCUGUCCAAAUCCUAUGGACUCCCCUGUGGAUAACCUGUAUAUUGUCUGCUACACUUCCUCACUGGAAUGCCAUCUUUUUCUGAGAUCUCGA